AUGGCUUUUGAACAAGGGGGAGAUGAUGAUACCUUGAGGUACAGAGGCAGGCUAUGCGUUCCAGACGUAGAUGGGCUCAGAGAGCGGAUUAUGUCAGAUGCCCACAAUUCCGGGUAUUCUAUUCACCCAGGCUCCACAAAGAUGUAUCAUGAUCUUAAGGAGGUUUAUUGGUGGAACGAUAUGAAAAAGAAUAUAGCAGAUUUCGUGGCUAUGUGUCCAAAUUAUCAACAGGUGAAAAUAGAUGUCCAGGCGGAACGCACCAUUCAGACUCUUGAGGAUAUGUUGAGGGUGUGUGUUAUUGAUUUUAAAGGUAAUUGGGACGAUCAUCUACCUCUCAUUGAGUUUGCUUAUAAUAACAGCUAUCACUCUAGUAUCAAGAUGGCACCGUACGAAGCUCUGUAUGGGCGAAGGUGUAGAUCACCAAUUGGUCGGUUCGAAGUCGGAGAAGCGGAGUUGUUAGGACCCGAUUUGGUCUAUCAGGCUAUAGAGAAAGUCAAAUUGAUACAAAGGCAUUUGAAGACGACUCAAAGUCGCCAAAAGUCCUAUUCGGACGUGCGGCGUAGAGACUUAGAGUUCCAAGUUGAUGAUUGGGUGUUUCUGAAAAUAUCGCCCAUGAAAGGAGUUAUGAGAUUUGGGAAGAAGGGGAAGCUUAGUCCCCGCUAUAUUGGGCCAUAUAGAAUCCUGCGAAGGAUCGGACAGAAAUUCAUGGGACACCCAUCACUUGUGGUUCCUACGGAGAUUAUAGGGGUUAAAGACAGCCUGUCUUGUGAGGAAAUUCCAGUGGCUAUUCUUGAUCGUCAAAUCCGCAAGCUCAGAACUAAGAAAAUUACUUCAGUAAAAGUGCUUUGGAGAAAUCAAAAGGUUGAAGAGGCUACACGGGAAGCCGAAGGGGACAUGAAGUCUAGAUAUCCCCAUCUCUUUGAAGAGCAAACGGAAAAUGUGGAAGGCUCAAAGCCAGCUGUAACACCAAUGGAGCAGAACAGGAAGCUAACAACUGUGGAAUAUGAUGCGCAUUUGCAGAUCUUGAGCCAGUUUAUGCAAGCACCUAAGAGAUCUCAUCUAGAAGCAACAUACAGAUUGGUAAGGUACAUUAAAAAUGAGCCAGCGCUAAGCAUUCUAAUGAGUGAAAAUGGUGACAUGAUCUUGAGAGCAUACAGUAAUACUGAUUGGGCCAGCUGCCCAAAUUCAAGAAAAUCAGAGACAGGGUAUUUGGUGAAGUUUGGUGACACAUUGAUAUCAUGGAAAUCAAAGAAGCAGAAUACAAUUGCAAGGGAUUCAGCAUAG